AAAACAGUGUGUACUUGUCUGGUGGUGAGGGAUAUAGAGACGGUAAGUUGAGAGGCUGGUGUUCAAAUCCAGCAGAUCAGCAUAAAGCCCUCAGGAUAUUACUCUUGCUGCAAUUACAAGUAGCAGCUAAAGAAAGGGUAGGAGACUCUCACGUGGUGAAUAGAAAUGUUUGUCUUCAUUUGCUUGUAUGAACACUGCAGACAAAGAUAAAUAGUUGUAACUGUAAAGCUCUCAGUGAAAAAUUGAUCCCCAUUUGUGUCUCUAGCUGCCUCCAGCUUUUCCUUAUGGGAGGCAGUGAUGGGUCAUCAAUGUGGUCAUUUUAAGCUUGCUACAAAAUAAAUCCUGAUUCAAGAGUCUCCUUGAGUGACCUUUGCUUAUCCGCACAAGAGUUUCCCAUGCAAAGAGCCCCAGUGAUGUUGAUGCUAAUAGGUAGAUAGUGGAGACAAUUUCACAGUGACUGCUAGAGACUGGAGAUGAAGAACAAAAGCUCCUUUCUGAGAGCUGCUCAUCCAUCUCGAAUGCUCUGACUCACUUCACCUCGUGUGGGACUGACUGCUUAGAAAAACCAACACUGCCAUCUUUUUACCACGUGGACAGGAUCACAGCCUUAGCAUACACAAAGCAUUACUCAUUGCAGCUGAUCCCAUUAACGCCGAAGACACAGGCUUGCACUUACCCUGGACGAGCUGCAGAAAAGGCUUCUGUAAGAGAGGAUUAUGGCUACUGUUCAGAUGCUCAACAUUUCCUAGUUAAAAUAUUCUACAGUGAAGCAACAGCACCAUUAAGUUUGCAAUGUAUCAGCAUCUGUUUUAUUUAUUCUGUUAAAGUCUUCCUAAAGGUUUUGGGGUUUUGUAAAGCUGCGAUGAAACAAAAAUGAACUGCUGCUGUUCUUGAUUUUUACAAAACUACUUACUUAAGAAAUAGGUGAAAAAAUCUCCAUGUCAGUUGUACAAUAUAACCAGACUAGCAAUGCAAAAUGGCAGUGCAAUGCCAUGUCAAUGGAAGCAGUAAGAUGAGCAGAUUUCUGGUUGCCCAGCGUGAGCCUCUCUGAGCAUGCUUGUAUGCAAACACAAAGUCAGUCUGACAUAAAUUAGAUGAACUAUGUUAUCUUGCAUCAACAUAUUUCCCAGCUCUCUGUGUUUCCAAAUAUUUCUAAUUUAUGCAUUUCUGAGCAUAUAGUGUGUAUUGCUCAGAGUCAAAGCAGGUGUAGCAGCUCUUAUCCUAUUUAAAUUAGAGAUGCUGUUGUAUAUUUCAACGGAUAGAAAAAGUAUUUCUCCAGGUUUGAGAAAAAAUUUGACAAAUUCAGACUAGGCAUCCAACACAAGACCUCCAAACUACUGUCUUUUACUGCAGGACGUGUACUCUCCCUUUCCAGUGACCUUGCUAUCCUCGGCAUGUUCUUAUGACAUCACCUUAAUGCUGUGGCUUAAAAACAGCUUAAUUAAUUUAGUGCCUGUGCAUUGCUGUCUGCUGCCAUUGUAACAUCCACAUAAAUAAAAAGAAGAGAAGGCACUCAGCUGCCUCUCAUGCAGAGCCCUUUGAGUCCCGGACAUAACCCACCAGCUGCUCCAGGGGCAUCGCUGAGGAACAUGAAAUCCAUCCCCGAGGAACCAGCGCAGGCAGACCACAGUGGAGCACCAGAGUUCUGUGCAGAUGACAGUGCCUCUGCUGCAAGCAGUAUGGAGGUCACAGAUCGCAUUGCCUCUCUGGAGCAGCGUGUCCAGAUGCAGGAAGAUGACAUCCAGCUGCUCAAAUCUGCCCUUGCUGAUGUGGUCCGACGCUUGAAUAUUACGGAGGAGCAGCAGGCCAUGCAGAACAAGAAAGGACCUACCAAAGAUCAGAGUAUGAUUAAAAAAGCUGCUGCUGAGGCUGAUAAAUUUGUCAGUCCUGCUACCACAGCAAGACCACUGGUACAAACCCUGCCUUUAAGGACUACAGUUAACAAUGGAACUGUAUUACCAAAGAAACCAAGUGGCUCUUUACCUUCUCCAUCAGGAACCAGAAAGGAGACUGUAUCACCAGCAGCAAAAAGCAGGUCUGUGAAUCUUCUCAAUGCAUGCAAACUGAAAAAGCCUGCUCUAAGCACCAUUAAGAGAACCAGUUCAGCUGAGCGUGUGUCCCCAGGAGGUCGGAGGGAAAGCUAUGGAGAUUCCAAAGGGAGUCGCAACCGCACUGGUUCCACCAGCAGUUCAUCUAGUGGUAAAAAGAACAGUGAAAGCAAACCCAAGGAACCAAUGUUCAGUGCAGGGAAGCGCCGUGUGACACACUGCAAAGUAACUCUACAGAUGUCACUGACUCCAAAACUGCUUGAUUCGCAUGCGAACAAGGCUGAACCCCUUGAUCUGCCGAUGGAGCAGCAAGAGCCAGCACGUUCUGAAUCUGGACAAACUUCAUCAGAAGUUCACAGGACACCCACUUUGGCCUUGCCACUUCCCAAAAGUCCUAGUCAGACCUUCAUGGCAUUUCCCAGAUCUCCUAGUUUUAUAAGCCCCAUGAAGUCCCCAAAGGAAGGAUACGUAAAAAUGUUUCUUCGUGGACGUCCUGUUACCAUGUACAUGCCCAAAGAGCAAGUGGAAUCUUACAAUUUGGAAGCAAAAGUAGAACUACCAGCCAAGAGGCUUAAACUGGAAUGGGUCUAUGGCUAUAGGGGUCGGGACUGCCGCAGCAAUCUCUAUCUCCUGCCGACGGGCGAGACCGUGUACUUCAUCGCGUCUGUAGUUGUGUUGUUCAACGUCGAAGAGCAGCUUCAGAGACAUUACACUGGUCAUAAUGAUGAUGUGAAGUGCCUGGCUGUUCAUCCUGAUAGGAUCACUAUAGCAACAGGUCAAGUUGCAGGGACAUCCAAGGAUGGGAAACAAUUGCCACCACAUGUGCGUGUCUGGGAUUCUGUAACUCUGAACACACUUCAUGUCAUCGGAAUGGGGUUUUUUGACCGAGCUGUCACUUGCAUUGCUUUUUCUAAGUCUAAUGGAGGAAGUAGCCUGUGCUCUGUGGAUGACUCCAAUGACCAUGUGCUUUCAGUGUGGGACUGGCAGAAGGAAGAAAAGCUGGCAGAUGUCAAGUGCUCUAAUGAGGCUGUAUUUGCUGCAGAUUUUCACCCCACUGAUACAAAUAUAAUAGUUACCUGUGGAAAAUCACACCUUUAUUUUUGGACGCUAGAAGGGAAUUCCCUUAUUAAAAAGCAAGGAUUAUUUGAGAAACAAGAGAAGCCAAAGUUUGUCCUGUGUGUGACCUUUUCUGAAAAUGGUGAUACUAUUACAGGAGACUCAAGUGGAAACAUUUUGGUAUGGGGGAAAGGUACCAACAGAAUAAGCCACGCAGUUCAAGGAGCACACGAGGGUGGCAUCUUUGCCCUGUGUAUGCUGCGAGAUGGCACAUUGGUAUCAGGAGGAGGAAAAGACCGAAAGCUGAUAUCUUGGAAUGGAAAUUACCAAAAAAUUCACAAAACUGAGAUUCCAGAGCAGUUUGGUCCAAUAAGAACAGUAGCAGAGGGAAAAGGGGACGUUGUAUUAAUAGGAACCACCAGAAACUUUGUCCUACAGGGCACGCUGUCAGGAGAUUUUUUCCCGAUUACCCAGGGCCACACCGAUGAGCUUUGGGGACUUGCAGUCCAUUCCUCUAAGCCUCAGUUCUUCACAUGUGGACAUGACAAACACAUUACUCUCUGGGAUGCAACCACUCACCAUCCUAUCUGGAACAAGAUUAUAGAGGAUCCAGCACAGUCUUCAGGUUUUCAUCCUUCAGCAUCUGUUGUUGCAGUAGGGACACUAACUGGAAGGUGGUUUGUGUUUGACACAGAAACAAAAGACUUGGUCACUGUACACACAGAUGGAAACGAACAGCUGUCUGUAAUGCGUUACUCACCAGAUGGAAACUUCUUGGCCAUAGGUUCCCAUGACAACUGUAUUUAUAUAUAUGGUGUAAGUGAAAAUGGAAGAAAGUACACUAGAAUUGGCAAAUGUUCAGGUCAUUCCAGCUUCAUUACUCAUCUGGAUUGGUCUGUCAAUUCACAGUAUCUUGUGUCAAAUUCAGGAGACUAUGAAAUCUUAUACUGGAUCCCCUCUGCUUGUAAACAAGUUGUGAGUGUUGAAACUACUAGGGAUAUAGAAUGGGCCACUUAUACCUGUACUUUAGGGUUCCAUGUUUUUGGUGUAUGGCCUGAAGGUUCAGAUGGCACAGAUAUCAAUGCUGUCUGUCGAUCCCACGGGAGAAAACUGCUGUCAACAGGAGAUGACUUUGGCAAAGUACAUCUCUUCUCAUAUCCAUGCUCACAGUUUAGGGCUCCAAGCCAUGUGUACGGUGGACAUAGUAGUCAUGUAACUAAUGUAGAUUUUCUCUGUGAAGACACCCACCUCAUCUCCACAGGAGGAAAGGACACAAGUAUUAUGCAGUGGCGAGUCAUUUAAAGGAAACAUCAGCAUGAACAUACGCAGUUGAGUCGACCAUGCACAGAACUUAUGUAUAAACUGUAUAUUUAAAACUUAACAGUAUGUUUGCAGUUUAGCCUGGUCACUGUGAUUUUUGUUUAAAAAAUUCUUACAAACCUCAGGAAAAUUAAGCCCUGUGCUGGUUACCUUAUUCUGUCUAGUAUUUUUUUUCAUUGUGUCACACCUUGAGAUUGAUCGUUCUCUGUUGUACAAUAUACAAUGCAGUACAAGUUUAAUAUAAGAAACGUGGCUUGACAGUUUGCAAUACAGUGGUAUCAGCAGAAUGUGACUAUCUUAAAUGUUUUCUAUAAACACUGCUAAACUGGUCACAAAAAUGCCUUUCAAAGACUGUAUAUAUGUGCUUAUUCGUUUCACUAUCUACACUUUGUACUAUAUAUCUACUUAUAUAGAAAAAUCUAUGACAAUGUCAAGGUACUGAACUGUUUCUGCUGGAGGCUGAUGAAUAGAUACAUAAAGUACAAACUGCAAUGUAAAAUACAAAAAAUAGUGUUCUAGACCUGAAAAUGUGAAUGCUGGUAAAUUUGCAUUCUCUUGGUAACAGCACACUGUGGGUGUCACCCAUGAGGAGUUGUGUUCCUUUUCCAAUGAAUCAGCAGGCUUUGUCCCAGUUUGACCUGAAUUGCUCAGCAGGGCUUACAGAUGUCUGUGUGGUUCAGGUAGUCCGUAUGAAUUUAAAUUAAAAAUCUUUUUACUUGUAUAUGAAAAAUUUCUUUUUGGAAACAAACCAAUAAAGCUUGGCCACAUCCCCAUUAUUGGCUCAUAUAUUUAACUAAUAUGUAUAUUAAUCAGCAUGAUGCUAUAUUGUACAUGUAUAAGAUUUUAGCAGUUCAUAACAAAUGGUAAGGCCAUCUAGCUUUACUUUUUUAUGCUUAUGGAUACUGUAUAUUUGUAUUUUAAGACCAAGUAGACCAAGUCUGAAGAUAUCUUUUUAAGUGUACCAUAAACCUACAGAGGGUAAAGGAAGACUUGGAAGCCUACAUGAAAUUUUAAUGUGUAACUUCUGGCCCCUGUGUUUUGUGCAUGGAUGGGUAUUUAUAGUAUGAAAUAAGAUUGUGUUUUGCAAUGAAGUAACAGUGGAGAUGGUAUAAAAUGGUUAAGAAGGCCUUAUCAAUGUUGAUUGUGACACAGAUUGAAAUGUAUUGUUUACUAUGAGGAAUGUAUCUGAAGAAUUUUAAAAGAAGAGUUCUAAGUGGACUCAAAAAAGGUAAUAUUAAAAUUUUGCUUGUAAUGGACGUAAAUGUUAAUUCUUUGAACUCUAAAGCACUGGCUGUUUAGAGUGAUUUAAGUGAAAUUGAAUCAAUAAAUUUUGAAACUUUUUUAUUACAUCUCCAACCUCCUACACUGAAAGUGCAGGACACCAAUAAACAUGUAUUAAAGUGAAUUCUCAAUGCAUUCUUCUUGUUUAGUAAGGUGUCUUUGUUUAAGCAUGAUAAAGAGACAGGCUUUUAGUUAACAACACACAUUUGUGAUUUCUCUAUUAGAGAUGCAUUUGAAAAUACUUGGCAGUAAAAUCUAGAUUUUGGGUACACAAUUUCAUGUGUGCCCAUGACCCUGAGGACAUAAUGACAAUACAUACCUGGAGAGUGAAACUCCAGCUUUGCAGCAGGGAAGGACACCCCACAUACUCUCACCUACAAACUGCCUUGGUCCUGCCUCCCAGUACACAUCUCCUGUUUCUGGGUUCUCAGCUGGUGGAAUGUUGUUCCACUGCUCAGAUUUAUGCUCAUGGCAAGAGCUCCUGAAAAUUUCUGUGUUAGGAACUUGUCCUCAGGCAAGACCUUUGAAGGCCAUGGUUUCAGGGUCACUUUAACCUGAUGUUACCUGGCACUGUCACUGAGGGCACAGAGGUCUUGAUCCUGGCCGGUUACUCUGAUCCUGUGCGGCAACACAAGAAUUAUUGUGGCCAUAAGCAGAACCCAGCUGGGACACAAGAACUAAGGCAAACAAAAAACCUGUUUCCUCAGUUUCUGAUCUAGCUGUGCAAUGUGAAAAUAAAUGGCCAAAGGAGCACUGGAACAACUGGUUCUAAUAGUGAUGUUAAUCUCUGUCUUCUCGAAGUGUGCGAGGCUAAGGCACAAUACCCUUACCCUUUCCAAGGUUAAUCCAGUCAUAAGAGUCCAUAACACACAAGUGACAGGUUUUCAGUGUGUCUGGAUGCUUGGUUAUCUGCAAUACCUUCUGUUGAUUUUAAUUAUUUUUUUACUUGCUUUUGUAAAUGGGGUGCUUUCAGGUUUUCUGCUUUUGGAACUGUAGGUGAUUUGUCAUUACUUGCAGCAGAAAAAACAGGAGUUGCAAAUUGGCUUGGCUUGUUCCCUUUUAUCCUUCCCACAUGGUGCUACUCUCGGGAUGUAGUAAAGCAUUUGUGAUCCCUUUCUUCAUUUUAAACUGUUAUCCUUUAGAAGAAAUAGAUGAGGAAUACUGCAAGUUCAUCCCUAGGGUUACUGAUCAAAGGACUUUUCAACAAUCCCAUCCCAUCUGUGCCUCUGCUGCUCCUCUGUUUUUAACUUUGCUGUUAAAUGUGUCUUUGUUCCUCUAUGAAAACCUGAUAAACGUAUUAGCUGAAUUGGCAAAUGGUGGGUAAUGUCUUAAGCCAAAUAUCCGUUUGAUGACUGUUAUUCUCCUUUCUUUACCCAGGAAACUCUACACAAUUUUGCCAUUGUUAUAGCUAAUCUUCAACUCUCUUCUCUUCCAUCCUUGUUCCUUUGUUCUUGCAUUUAUUUGCUUUCUCAGGAGUGUCUUCUUUUUCACUUUAUAAGAAAAUGAGAACAAAAUAAAAUAAAGAGUUAUGCCCGAA